AUGGCCAGCCCACCGCCUGUCCCGGAGGACCAAACCCGCCUCCUCGAGGAUGCAUUGGGGGUAGUGAGGCAACAGUCGGCUAUGAUGCGCAAAUGCUUAGAAAAUCCUGGGAAGCUCAUGGAUGCGCUCAAAUGCGGAUCAACUCUAGUCUCCGAAUUGCGAACUCCUAGCCUCGGUCCGAAGCAGUAUUACGAAUUGUACAUGGCCGUCUUCGAUGCGUUGCGACACCUAUCCGUCUACCUUAAAGAGAACCACCCCGUCAACCACCUGGCGGACCUGUACGAGCUUGUUCAAUAUGCCGGAAAUAUUGUGCCCCGCUUAUACCUCAUGAUCACUGUUGGUACUGUGUAUAUGUCGGUGGAGAAUGCGCCAGUGAAGGAGAUUAUGAAGGAUAUGAUGGAGAUGAGUCGUGGCAUUCAACAUCCCAUUCGCGGUUUGUUCUUGCGAUACUAUCUGUCCGGCCAAGCGCGGGAUUACUUGCCUUCUGGAACUAGUGAUGGGCCAGAGGGAAAUUUGAAGGACUCGAUCAACUUCGUCCUGACUAAUUUCGUGGAAAUGAAUAAGCUCUGGGUGCGGCUUCAGCACCAAGGUCCCUCGCGAGAAACCGAACGCCGGAUACAGGAGAGGCGAGAGCUUGAGCUACUUGUGGGUAGCAAUCUUGUUCGCCUGAGCCAGUUGGUGGAUCUUGAAGCAUACAAGAAUGGUAUCCUAUCCGCGCUUCUCCUACAAGUGGUGAAUUGUCGGGAUGUGCUAGCGCAGGAGUAUCUUCUAGAGGUGAUCACCAAGGUCUUCCCAGAUGAAUUCCACAUUCAUACCCUUGACCUCCUGUUGACUGCUAUCAGCCAGCUUCACCAAGCUGUCGAUCUCAAGAAAAUUGUUAUUGGGUUAAUGGACCGUCUCUCGACCUACGCGGCAAAAGACGGAGAUGCAGAAUCUCCAGAAAAUGAGCCGGAGGCCCGGAAACAACUCGAAGAAAAGGCCGUUACGGAGUUAUUGGAGAAGCUGGAACUGGACAAAGAGACCAAAAAGCAAGAAUUGAGCGAGGCCGCCAAGGGAAAGGCACCCCAAGAAAACGGCACUGGGGAGCAAAGCAAGGCUGAAGAGCCUGUGAAAGAGACAGAACCUACUACUAACGAAGAGGACGCAAAGCCUCUUCCUGCAGAAAUCAAGCUCUUUGAUAUCUUCUAUGAGCAGGUCGUCAACUUGAUCAAAAUUCGCACAGCCAGCAAGGGCAGCACAUCCCAAGUCAUGUCAAUCUCAAUGUCAAUUGAAGAUAUCAUGGCUCUCCUCGUAUCGCUUGUCAACUUGGCAUUGAAGAUCCAUCCCGAUCGGUUGGAAUAUGUUGAUAAAGUCUUGGACUUUGCGACUCAAAAGACAGUUGAAUACACUGACUACGCCGAUCUGCACUCAGCACCCACCCAACAACAUAUUCUGCACCUUCUUAACGCCCCCGUCCAUUCUUAUGUUUCGAUCUUUACAGCCCUUGCUUUACCACACUACCUGCCCCUCCUGACAGCCCAGUCAUACCCCACUCGGAGAUCUAUUGCUGGUGAGAUUAUCCGGAGUCUUCUCAAAAAUAAGAUUGUCAUCUCGAACCAAGAGAAUCUUGACCGUGUUCUACAAACGGCAAGAGUUUUGAUCAAGGAGGGAACUCAACAGUCUGUUGGAUAUCCAGGAGCGCAAUCUCAGCGCCGUGGAGGGGAGACGGAUGAGACAGUUGAAGAGCAAGGGUGGCUUGCAAGAUUAGUGCACUUGAUUCAAGGACCGGACAACGAUACUCAGCUCAAGCUCCUUCAAGCAACGCGCAAGGCGUAUGCUGAUGGAAAUGAGCGCAUUCGUUACACUACUCCUGCUAUUGUGACCGCUUCAAUUCGCCUGGCUCGGAAAUUGAAGUCUCGUGAGCACUACGAUGACAAUUGGCAAUCGCAAUCCUCUGCUCUAUACCGUUUCUUACACCAAUGUGUAAACAACCUGUACCAGCGAGUGAACCCAGGCUGCGUCGACUUGGCGCUGCGAUUGUUUGUGAUGUGCGGUGAGGUCGCAGACCAAACUGGCUUCGAGGAGGUUAGCUAUGAGUUCUUCGCGCAAGCAUUUACUAUCUACGAAGAUUCAAUUAGCGAUUCCCGCGCACAGUUUCAGGCAGUUUGCAUUAUUUCUGGAGCUCUGCAUGGCGCCCGCGGCUUUUCCAAGGAGAAUUACGACACCUUGAUUACUAAAGCCGCGCUCCACGGCAGCAAGCUUCUGAAGAAGCCAGACCAAUGCCGUGCGGUCUAUCUUGCCAGUCACCUCUGGUGGGUCGUUGAAAACCCGCAGCGUGGAGAGGAGGAUCCCAAGAAUCUUUACCGCGACGGAAAACGUGUUCUGGAGUGCCUCCAGCGUGCUCUUAGAGUCGCAGACGCUUGCAUGGACACAGCUGUCUCCGUCGAACUCUUUGUGGAAAUCCUCAAUCGCUAUGUCUACUACUUCGACCAGCAAAAUGAGACUGUCACCACCAAAUACCUCAAUGGACUUAUUGAGCUCAUUCACUCGAACCUUUCUAACACCGAGGACGAACCUAAUCCUAACCUCGAUGGCCCGAAGCGUCAUUUCGAGCGUACACUCGAGUACAUCCGGACCCGAGAUUACGAAGGUGUCAUUACAGAGAAGCAGUAG